GAUCCCCAGGUGUUGACCGCCAAAAUUAAAGUAUCUAUCGAGGAAAGAGUUAUUCACAUACUCGAAACUUAGAUGCCCCCUUUUGGCUUCUGGAGAAGCUUGCAUCGAUGGCUGGACCAGAAUUACUAGAACGAUCGGAUAAUGAAUAUGGCCGAACGCCUAUAUUCGAGGCUGCUAGAUAUGGCAAUACAAAAGCUGCAAAAGCCUUUGUGCUGAAUUGCCAAACUUAAAAGACGGCGAGGGUUUUCUUCCAAUUCACCAUGCUGCAAAUCGUGGCCACGAGGAAGCAAUUCAAUAUUUACUCUCAGUGACAAGAGUUCCCUUAGAUGACACGAACGGAGUGACUCUGCUUAAAGAUCUGAUCAAUUCUGGUAUCUACGGUAUAGCUUUAGACUUAUUGAAACGAUAUCCAAACUUAGCUCGUCUCCAGAACCAGGACAGAGGAAGUAUUUUAUUAAUACUGGCGAAUAAGCCUUUGGCGUUUGAAAGUGGAAGCAAGCUUGGAUUUUGGAAACGCUUAAUUUAUAAAAGUUGGCGUCAACAAUCUUUUAAUUUUUUUACCUUCUCUGCCAAGUCGCAACAUACGCAGAACUCUGCGUUUAAAAUAAUAUACAUAUACAAGUUCCUCAUAGAAUUUUUCUCUUAAAUGUACGUCUCAUAACUAAUAUAAUUUGGCAGGGAUUCCUGUGCUAGAAGAACAUAUUCCUGACAGAGACAUAGAAACUCCCUCCGAGAGAUCAAAGACAAAGUUAACAGAAUCCACACAUAUGGGAUUUUUUCAACAAAUUUUGUCUACUGGCAGAAGCUUUGCAGGUGCUUUGCGCCAAAAAAUAUAUAUUAUGCUCUGGAAUGCCGUCAUGCACUUAGGUAAUUAAGCAUUGAAUUAUAUAUUCUCUUAAUUAGAGGAGCAGUUUGAAAGAAAGUCUCUAGCUUGUUAAAUGAGCAUACAUGAUACGAAGUUAACGAAUAUGCAAGCACAUGAAAGUGUCAGAAUCAUGUGUCAUGACAGAGUUAUUUGGAGCGAUGGAGAAGCAUUUGAGUCAUUAUGUCCGUCAGUUCUUACAGCCGCAGCAUUAGGGAUUUACGAGCUUGUCAGUGAAAUUAUGAAGGCCUAUUUCUUCUGCUUUGCUUUCGCUACAAAUGAUCGUGAUGACAUAUUUCGACUUGCAAUUCUAAAUCGCCACGAAAUAGUAUUUAGUCUUGUAAAUAGAAAAAAUAUGUUACUUACAUGGGACCGGGACAUGAUGCAAGUGGCUGACAUGAGAGUAAAAAAAGACAACAUUUUGCAUUCCGCUGGAAUUUUUGUCUCUUUAGAUCAUAUUCCGGGUCCCGCAUUGCAAAUGCAAAGGGAGCUGCAAUGGUUUAAGGCUGUGGAAAAUUUUGUUCAUCCAUCCCUUCAAGAACAGCGAAAUGAAUCCAAUAAAACUCCUAGACAAGUUUUUACCAAAUCACAUAAGGAUUUAGUUACAGAAGGUGAAAAAUGGAUGAAGGAGACUGCGAAGAAUUGUACAGUUGUAGCUGCACUCAUAAUCACAGUAGUCUUUGCCGCAGCUUUCACAGUACCAGGUGGCAAUGACUGUGAUAAAGGGACACCCAUUUUCUUGCACAAACCAUCUUUCAUAGUGUUUGUUAUAUCAGAUUCAGUUGCACUCUUUACUUCCACUGCUUCAUUAUUGAUGUUUUUGGCAAUCCUCACUUCGCAUUAUGCAGAAAAAGAUUUUUUGGAGUCCUUGCCGAAGAAGUUAAUCAUUGGGCUAGUCACCUUGUUCUUUUCUAUUGCAAGCAUGAUGGGAGCAUUUGGUGCAACCCUUUACAUAUUUCUUUCCCAUCCAUGGGAAUGGACCAUCAUUCCAAUUUCCCUACUUGGCUGUCUCCCUGUAUCCUUAUUUGCUCUUUUGCAGUUUCCUUUGUUGGUUGAGAUGAUCUCUUCAACUUAUGGACGAAGCAUUCUACAACCAACCAAGUAGUUCUCCAGGAGAGCUACAAACAAAUUAUUCUUUGGCACUUUUGUUUUAACUUUAGGGGUUUAAAUUCUACUUCAUAUGUACUUUAUUAGACUUGUUCUUAUUGAGACUUUUAAAGUUAAA